AUGUUUUGGUUGAUAUUAUGGACAUCUUUAUCUUAUCAAUAUAUCGAAGUUAACUCCCAAUACUUGUUACAAAAUAUUACAGCAACACCAGGCGAAGAAUAUAGAUUAUCAUAUCCAUCACGUACAGUUCAAACAAUGUAUUGGAUGGUUUUUUACGAUCUUUCUGACCAAGAUACAUUAAAAUAUAUGCCAAGGCGUGAUUAUUCAAACGAUUGGGAUGAUCCAUAUUGGAUUACAGCAACUCGCGAAAAUUUAGAAGAUAUUUUUCAUUUAGGUAUUCCUAUGACAUUUACUUUUAAAGUAGGCUCAGUAAAAGAAGUACCUUGCAGGGGUGGAUACACACCUUAUAGAAAUUGCGAUUCUGGAACUUUUGUUACAUCAGUCACUCAAUUUAGUAUGGAAGGCCUUAUGGAAGAGUAUAACAUCGAAUCUGCUGAGCAUUUCUGCGUUAUAUUUGUUCAUAAAAGUGGAUCUUUUACACAAGAAGUUCCAAGUGAGAAUCGAUAUGACGUAACUGCUCGUGAUGCUAAAUCAGGACUUAGAUCAUCAAACUCUUUUUUUAAAGGAUAUACAUCGGAAGCCGGAUAUACUUCAAUUUUCCUUAUUUUUAAUUUAACGUCAGAAAAUCCUAUUUCUUCGUUUGAUUUUACAUUUACUGAUGCUGUAACUAUUUUCGGUACUCAUACUUACCGUGACUUAGAUGAUAUUAAUAAUCUUCCGCCAACCCCAGCCCCAUCUCCUGAGCCAACACCUCAAACACCAGCACCUACUGAUCCUACCCCAGCCCCAACUGAUCCAACUCCCGAGCCAACACCCCAAACUCCAGCACCUACUGAUCCAACUCCUGAGCCAACACCGAGGACUCCUGAGCCAACGCCUCAAACACCAGCACCUACUGAUCCUACCCCUGAGCCAACUCCGAGAACUCCUGAGCCAACACAAGAACAACCAAUAAUAAAUCCGACUCCACAAACUCCAGAACCAACUACUGAGCCACCAGUAGUCAGUACGACCACAGGAACAGAAACUCCUACACCUAUUCCAGGAGUUCCUGAUCCAACGACUCCUUUACCUACAUGGGAUGGAGAAUGGGAAGAAGAGCCAAACGUUAUAGUAAGAGGUGAUGAUAUUCCGGAAAUCGCAGAGACACAUCCGCCAAUCCAAACUAAUUAUAUAAAGACUGAAGUAUCUAAAGUCCAAACAGUAGUUACUAUAUCUUCGGGCACAGUCAUUGUAAGUGUAGUUGUUGUUCUAACAGUAGUUAAUAUCGUUAGAUCUUACAAAAAAGUGAAAGAUAUUGUUCAUGAUGUCAACAACUCAGAUGUUGAAGACUUCUCUUUUUCAGAAUCAUAUACAUUAGAUACUAUUUCCGAUGAAAAUAAUAAUAAUAAUAGAAAUCCUUUUGUUUUGUCUGAUUAA